AUGACGUACAUCGACUUAGCGAAAAGAGGCGGAAACGAAGCCAUUACCAUUAAUGCCCCCAAAGGCACGGAUUUCCACUUGACUUCUAGAGGUUCCGACUGGCUGUUUUCUGCGUUUUGUUUCUUCCUGGUGCUAGCGGGCCUUAUGAUCGGACUUUCGUUCACCAAGCCGUCACGUGAAAGAGUGUUCUACUUUACCGCAGUGGCCCCAACUCUGUUCAUGGCGCUCACGUAUUUCACGGUGGCCUCGGACCUUGGAUGGGUCGGCAUCAGGGCCAAGUACAACCACAUCAAAGUCAGCACCCAGACCGAAUUCCCAGGUGUCAGACAGAUUUUCUACGCCAGGUACGUUGGCUGGUUUUUGGCUCUCCCAUGGCCCAUCAUUCAAGUGGGACUUUUGUCUACCACCCCUUGGAUUCAAACCAUCUUCCACGUCGCUUUGACUGAAGUCUACGUCGUUUUCAUGCUGAUCGCUUCUCUCGUCGACUCGACUUACAAAUGGGGGUUCUUCUCGCUAGGAAUCGCCGCUUCCGUGUGUUGCUGCACUAGUUUGAUGAUCACUUCUCGUAACAUGGCCUUCAAGCUUGGUCAGGACGUUUUUACCUAUUUCAAUGGAAUUAUGGGUAUCAUUAUGGGUAUCUGGUGGAUCUACCCAAUCUGUUUCGGUCUUUCCGAAGGUGGUAACGUCAUUCAACCAAACUCCGAGGCUGUGUGGUACGGUAUCCUUGACUGUAUUUUGCUAGGUUUCCUACCUUGCUUGGUUAAUUUCCUAGCUAGCAGCGUGGGCCUUGAAAGAUUGCAAUUGCUUUCACAAGCCAACAACUUUAACGUCAUGCCUCAUGAAAAGUCCAUGAACUCAAUUGCCACUGCAAGACACUCUGGUGAAACCGCUGUGUCUCCAAAGAGUAACAAUUCUCCAGCUUAA